UCCCUUUCCUCUGAGUCUCGGAGCAAUUUUUCGAUUCAUGGCGAGCAUGGCACUGCGGAAGCUACUGGCUUUUGGGGCGCUGCUGGCUCUAGCAAAGGCUGAGGAGGAGGAGUCAAGCCCAGUGGCGAUUGCCAUCUCGGUGAUGCUUAUGGGUAGCAUCGGCUUUCAAAUGCUCAUGUUCUACCUGGUGAAUUGGCCGGACCGGGACAUUCAGAGAUACUCCUGGCAGGUGAUCAGCCAGACCAUCUCCAUCUUCUGCGCGGUGCUCUUAUUCCAGGGCUGCAACGGCCUUGUGGAGGAGAACCUCAUCAAAGGCAGCGCGCCCGUGGUAGAGGUGGCCAUCGACAUGUUCCAGAUGUUCUUUUGGCUCAGCUGCAUGCAGCUGGUUUUGGCUAUCACCAGCGGAGCUCUCAACGAGCUUGUGGGUGUGGACACUGACAUGGAAAAGGUGGAGCUGAAUUUGAAGAGUUGGUCGGUGCUCUUCAGCCACGUGGCGGGCUUCGCCACCAUCAACGCCUAUGGCUCGCUGCAGCAG